AUGCUGGACCCCAGGGAGUGUGGAGUGACAAUGACGUCCGGUCACAAGAUUUCCUUCUCUAUAAUUGACAUACUGGAUCCCAACAAAUUCAACAGCAGAAGGGCGAACGAACUUUCCGUCGCCAGGGAGAAGUUUCCCGCACCAGACGCGGGGGGGACAAGUUUGGAGUCGGACGGCGCCGCGGGCGGAGACGUCAGAGUUGAGCGUACGAAAACAGGAGAUGAACCUGCUGCAGCCUCCAGGCAUCACACAGUUGUGGCCGACCCCCUUCUGCUCUCCCCGUCGGCCGACACAGUGCCCUGUCCCACUGGGGAACACGACGAUGGCGAGACAGCGGUCGCCCUGCAGGUCCCCUCCCCGCACAAGCGGCGGCGACCGGACCAGGCCUGCGCCAAACCGCGGCGCGCCAGAACAGCGUUCACUUACGAGCAACUGGUGGCUCUGGAAAACAAGUUCCGCGCAACCCGUUACCUGUCUGUGUGCGAGAGACUAAACCUGGCCCUGUCGUUGAGUCUGACCGAAACCCAGGUGAAAAUUUGGUUCCAGAACAGGAGGACCAAGUGGAAAAAGCAGAACCCCGGGGCGGACAGCACCUUGCAGCCCGGCACCAACUCCCUCGUCAGCGUCAGUCCAAACCCGGCCGCCUGUGGGUCGAGCCCCGCCGGCUUCCACCAGACUUUCCCGAACUUCAGCUCUGGGAACGUGAUCUUCCACACGGCCGGUGCUGUUCCGCUUUCCUCCACCGGGGGGCUCCUGCAUCCCUUCAUGUCCAGUGGAUUCGUCCAGCCGACUUAUUUCAAUCCGCAUCUAUGAAAGAAACAGAGAUUUGACACGUUGCAGCUGGUGACAGACCCACUUUGGGGCGAAUUUUCACUGGGACUGAAUCAUUGUAAUCAGCUGAACUCUUACUGCCCAGAACCAUUGUAACUGUUACAUCAAUGCCCUGUCAUGUUCUACAAAUUGAGGAGGUUUUACAAGGUUUCGUGGUCCAUU